AACAGGAAUUAGAUAUUGUUUACCUAUAAAUGAACAUAAUUUUGGAACCAAUAGGAUAAACUUAGCAUAUGCGACAGAUAUAGAUAAUAUAGGAAAACGAGUUUGUGAUAAAUGUAGAAAAUUAAAAUUCUGCAAUGCAAAUUCGAUGAUAAAUAACAACUGCUGUGGAAUUACAACAUGUCAGAUGAAUAAUGUGAGAAAUCCAAUGUUUACCUUUAACAAUAUUGGAAUAUUUGUACAUCAUCAUAUGCUUUGUUUAGAAUGCUUUAAUUUAUAUAAAAAAGAUAUUCUUAUUGUACUUCGAAAUA